GAUCUCAUGACUUCUCCUGCAAACACAAUGAAAAACAUGUCAUGCAAUGCCACCAUUGAUGAGUUUCGGAGUCAGGUGUAUCCCGUGACAUAUUCCAUAAUAUCUAUCCUGGGAUUUAUGGGAAAUGGCUUUGUGUUAUGUAUCCUCAUCAGGACAUACCAGGAGAAGACAGCGUUCCAGAUAUACAUGUUCAACCUUGCCAUUGCAGAUCUUCUCUUUGUAUGUACUCUGCCCCUGCGAGUGGUCUAUUACCUCUAUAAAGGCAACUGGUUCUUUGGUGACUUUUUGUGCCGGAUCAGCUCCUAUGCCAUGUAUGUCAACUUGUACUGUAGCAUCCUGUUCAUGACGGCGAUGAGUUUCUUCCGUUGCAUCGCCAUUGUUUUCCCGAUUUGGAACAUCCAAUUUAUCUCCCGGAAGAGAGCCAUCAUUGUAUGUGUUGGCAUUUGGUUCUUUGUAACCCUGACCACCACCCCAUUUUUGCAGAAAAGUGCUCAGUUGUCUGACGAAAAUGUAACCAAAUGCUUUGAGCCACCAAGGAACAAGGAUGUGAGGAAGCUGAUGGUUCUCCACUACAUUUCAUUGUUCGUUGGUUUCAUCUUUCCUUUCAUCACCAUCACCAUCUGCUACGCCAUGAUCCUAAACAAGCUCCUGAAGAAUUCCAUGCAUAAGAAAGAAGGAAUUCGUAGAAAAGCCAUCUGGAUGAUCAUAAUUGUGACCAUCGUCUUCCUCGUGAGUUUCACCCCAUACCAUGUCCAGCGCACUGUCCACCUCCAUUUGAUGAAAGAUGACACUUCCUGUGAGAAGAGUCUCUACAUGCAGAAAUCGGUGGUGAUAACCUACUCUCUUGCAGCCUUCAACUGUUGCUUCAACCCACUUCUCUAUUACUUUUCUGGAGGCAACUUUCGUAGGAGACUUUCCACUUUCCAAAGGGGCUCUAUUUCCAGUUCUCAUCACCGGAAGAUGUCCUCAAAGAUAGAUGAAACGGUUAAUGGAAAUGCUGUGGAACAUAAGGCUUAGUAAGGGCUUCUUCAUCUGUCCCUUGGCAGAAACAUACAUUUUGGAAGUGACAGGAAGACUGUAGGUCUAGCACCUUGUAAAAUUGAAACUAUGAGCUGGCAUGGACAAUGCGCUUGCAAUUAUACCAACUUCCCC